AUGGCGUCCACUCGUCCCCCUCCCCCUCGGCCUUCGGCUCCAGGCGGAUCCUCGUCGAAUUCUGCUGCACCGAAUCAAACCCUCUACAUCUCCAAUCUGAACGACAAAAUCCACAAACCAGAUCUAAAAAUCGCGUUAUACACACUCUUCAGCACAUACGGAGUAGUUCUCGACGUGAUUGCUUUAAAAACAGCGAAGAUGCGAGGACAGGCGCAUGUUGCUUUUCGAGAUAUUGCGGGGGCUAGUAGUGCCAUGAGGGGAUGUCAGGGAAUGGUGAUUUUUGGGAAGGAGAUGAAAAUCCAAUACGCAAGAUCAAAAUCCGAUACAAUCGCAAAGCUCGAUGGAACAUAUCGCAUGCCCUCCCUUCGAUCAGAUAAUGAUUCAAAUUUAACGACUGGAGGUGGUGCUGCUGGUAAUGGUGGGGCGGGAUUUGCGCCUUUACCGGGACAGAAGGGUGGUGAUGAUGCUGCCUCUGGACCUGGACUUAAUGCGGCUGCUGAUGGAGCGCAAGGGAUGAAGAGGAGGAGAGAUGAGAGUGAGUCGGAACAAUCAGACGUAGAGAUGGAAGUUGAGGACGACGAUGACUGA